AUGGCGCUGGACACGUCUCGGCGCGAGGCGCUCGUGGUGGUGGGGCUGUGCCUGGCGUGGUACGCGGCCAGCUCGGCCAGCAACGUGGUGGGCAAGCUGGUGCUGACGGACUUCCCGUACCCCGUCACCGUCACCAUGGUGCAGCUGCUGAGCAUUGUACUGCUGAGCGCGCCCGCCUUCGCGCUGUGCGGCGUGCGACGCCAGACUGACUUCCCGCGCCGCUACUACUGGCGGACUCUCGUGCCGCUCGCCUUUGCCAAGUUCCUGACCACUAUUUGUUCCCAAGUUUCCAUUUGGAAAGUUCCCAUCUCCUAUGCGCAUACAGUGAAGGCGACGACCCCGCUGUGGACGGCGGGGCUGGCCUGGCUCCUGUUCGGCGAGCGCCAGUCGCGCGGCGUGCAGCUGGCGCUGGUGGUGAUCGCGCUGGGCGUGGGCGUGGCCUCGGCCACCGAGCUGCAGUUCGACGCGCUGGGCCUGGGCGCGGCGCUGGCGGCCGCGGCGCUGCUGAGCCUGCAGCACCUGUACUCCAAGCGCGUCAUGCGCGACACGGGCGUGCACCACCUGCGCCUGCUGCAGGAGCUGGGCCGCCUGGCGCUGGCGCUGUUCGCGCCGCUGUGGCUGUGGCGCGACGCGCGCGCGCUGUGGGCGGGCGCGGCGCCGGGCGCGGGCUGGGCGCAGGGCGGCGCGCUGCUGGCGGCCGACGGCGCGCUGGCGUGGCUGCAGGCGGUGGCGGCCUUCAGCGUGCUGUCGCGCGUGUCGCCGCUGGCGUACGCCGUGGCGUCGGCCGCCAAGCGCGCGGCGGUGGUGGGCGCGUCGCUGGUGGUGCUGCGCAACCCGGCGUCGGCGCUGAACGUGCUGGGCAUGGCGCUGGCGGCGCUGGGCGUGCUGGCCUACAACCGCGCCAAGCUGGCCGCGCGCCGCGAGCCCGCGCUGCCCGUCUGA